GUUCGAGCGGCCGAGCGAGCGAUACGGCCGAGCAGUGCGGUGCCGACUCUUGCUGCCGCGGUUGCAGAUUCCGCGGUGUGUGUGUGCGCGCGUGUUUACACGACGAGAAGGAGAGAAAGAGAAAGAGAAAGAGAGAGGGAGAGGGAGAGUUUGCGCCGCGGAGGCGAGGGCAGGAGAGCUCGAAAGAGAGCGAGAGAGAGAGAGAGAAAGAGAGAGGAGAGGAACUCGCGAGAGCGGAGGAGAAACGCAAAAAGCGACGGAGAAGUCGGCGAGUCGUCCGCGAAAACACAGUGCGUACGCGCGUGUUCCGUGGCGAACGAGUCCCUCUCGUAGGAGGAUUCACGCGGCGCCGUGAGAGUACGUACGUACCGUACGCACGUCUCAACUCGGCUCGUGACGCAUUCGCGCGAGGUAUCGCGAGUUCGCGGAGCGAGCAACGAUCGCGACAGGGUCGACGUGCAAUCUAACGUCGCACGUCGCGCGGCAGCGUCAUACAUCGUGCCUCGCGCGACGUGGCCGGCACGCACACGCCGCGCCGCGAGAGCGAUAACGCGCCAACCACCCUUCGCGCGGCCUGCCUUUAACGGGGCGUGGGUGCCACACCACACCGCGCUGCACCGCACCGCACCGCAUCGACGGUGGUGCGGCGAGACGGCGGGCGGUGCGCGUAAUUCAAAAGGUGCGCGCGACGGCCGCGGCGAGAACAUGACAGACGACACGGAGUGCGCGAAUUCGAGGCGGCAUCGCGUCGCGGGCGAAGGGACGAUAAUAUAAACGUUGGUGAGGCGGAAGGGAAGGCGGGAGAGAAGAGAGGAGAGAAAGAAGGGGGAACGCACGCGAGAGGCCGAGGGGAGAGAAACUCCUCCGAGAAAGAAAGUAUCCCAAACCGAGUACCAUCCGCGCGCGGCCAGUGAUCCCGUGUGCGGCUCGCGUGUUGCGCGCGCGAGAGCGCGUCCGCGCCUCCGGUGAGUGUGUGCGAGUGGACCCAGGCCGUGCGCGCCCCAGCGGGCCCCAGGAGAGGAGAGGAAAGAGAGGAGAGCCAGAGACUUUCGUGGCUUCCGGCCUGUCGGCGCGGAGGCGUUCCGGCUGGCGAUCGCGACCUCGCGGAGAGGAUGCUGCUAACGUCGCCGACGGUCGUUGCGACGAGGCCAACGAUGACGACCUCACGAGGUCUCGACUGAGUUCUCGACUCCUCGGGCUUCAUCGAGAGGAAGAGAGAAGGAGAGGGAGAGAGAGUGAGAGAGAGAGCGAGAGAGAGAUCAACGUCGGUUCCGUCGCCGCGACGGUAGCAUCGACGAGCGUCGUCGUGCUGCUGGCCGCGGUGUGUUCCGCGAUCGUUAAUCAGGUGUUACUCCGGAAUCAGGUGUUCGCGGAGCGAAGAACGCGCACGACGGGUGCCGACGGCGCAUUCUACGAAUCGUCAUCGGUGGAAAUUCGCGCGUCCGAUAAAUAUAUUCUUCGAUCGCUGUCGCUAAAGACUGGAUAUCGCAUCCUGUGACUAUCCACGAUCCUAGCAAUUGAGAGAGACAGCGAGGGAUAUUAUUUGCACAUUCGCGGUCGCGGUAAUCGAAAGACUCGCGCGAGAAGAGGUCGGCGGCGAGAGCGGUCGCACAACCGCGACCAUUCCGCGAUCACGCGAUCCGGAAGACCUUUCUCGGAACCACUCGCGGUCCUAAUAAUCACCUUCGAGGGAUCUCGAAGCCAGUAUCGAUCCCGGAGCCGCGGCGUGGAACGUACGGGCUUUCGUCGUUACGGAGGAAAACCAUCACAUUCACGUUGCGGAGGGAUUACCUAGACCCGUGUCCCUAGCCUAGAACGAGCUGCCUUCGUUUUCGGCGACGAGCGAGGAAGCGUCCACGCGACGCCGAGAUACAGGAGAAGCUUAACGCGAGCGACGUCGCGACGCCGGCCGACGGCAGAUCGCUUCCGGUGAAACCGACAACGCGAACGACACAGCCAGGAUGCAGGUGGCAACGUUGUUCAGGGAGAGCGCUACCCUGCUGGGUGCAUCCAGCCUGGACCCCCCGCAGACUCACCAUCAUCAGAGUAUGCACCAACCGCAGCCGCAGCAGCAACAGCAGCAGCACCAGCAGAUGCAGCAGCAGCAGCAGCAGCACGCCACCGACAUGCACCUAGUCGGCCACCACAUGCAGCACCACUACAAGAUGUAUCCGUCGCCGGUGCAGAACGGAGGACCAAACGGCACGACGACAAUGAAUUGCGCGAGUUCUCAAGGGGUGAUGGUGAAGCAGGAGGCGAGGGACGACGGUUACGAGACGAGUCCGGACCUCGAGAUGAGGAGCACCGGCGGUGACAGCAGUCAGCAGUAUCACACGCCGCUGACACCACACACGCCGCACACACCGCACACGCCGCACACGCCCCUCACGCCGAUAUCGGCGACAGCGCAUCAACCCCAGCAGCCGGGCUCGACCGCCUCCGCCCUCGGACAGGUCGCGAUAAAAUGCGAGACGCCGGUGGACCCGUAUUCGUUCGUCGACGAGGAGAUGUCGAUGGGCGGCAUGAGGACGGCGAGCAGUCCAGGCGGCGGCGGCGGCGGCGGUGGCAAUCCCGAGAACAUGACGUGUCCGGGCGGCGCCCAACCUGGGCUGGGUACACCCACGUCGACGCCGCCCGGGGCGCUGCCCGGGCCACAACAUCAUCAGAUGAAUCUCGUGAUGAACGGCGCCGCCAGCGUCAAUCCACAGCUGGCGCAUCAGCCGAAGAAGCGGGGCCGCAAAAAAAAGUCGGAGAUGAUACUCACCCCCGAGGAAGCGGAGCUCGCGGAGGCCAAGAAACGCGCAAAGACGUACAAAGAGAGGAAGAAGCACGACAGGUUCGACGGCAUGCCGGAAGAGGAAGUGAGCAAGCGCGUUCUACCGGACCACCUCACCAGCAACCUUGACAUUAUUAUAAUUGGUAUCAACCCCGGACUGUUCGCGGCUUAUAAGGGACAUCACUACGCUGGACCUGGAAAUCACUUCUGGAAAUGCCUACAUCUAAGUGGUCUCACGCCCGAACCGUUGACUGCGGACGACGAUUACAAGCUUUUACGACUCGGCAUCGGUUUUACAAAUAUGGUAGCACGUGCGACGAAAGGCAGCGCGGAUCUUACAAGAAAGGAAAUUAAAGAAGGUAGUCACAUUCUUCUCGAGAAAUUACGGAAGUAUAAGCCGAAGAUUGCAGUUUUCAACGGCAAACUUAUAUACGAAGUAUUCUCGGGAAAGAAGGAGUUCGGGUUCGGAAGACAGCCCAAUCUCGUCGAGGGCACCAACACGUAUAUGUGGGUUAUGCCCUCAAGCAGCGCGAGGUGUGCUCAACUACCACGUGCUGCUGACAAGGUGCCAUAUUACGCUGCCCUGAAGAAGUUCCGCGACUACCUAAACGGUACGAUCACGCACUUGGACGAGUCAGAUAUCGUGUUCGCCGAUUCAAAGCUCAAGAAGAAGGAACAGGAGUCGAUCGAGGAUAAGAAGCCAGUGUUCGCCGACGAUUUGCCCGACGGUGAGAGCCGAAUCACGGAGAUCAACGGCAUGGGGAUCAAGCAGGAGUCGGGCCUGAUACCUGGCAAGAAGAAACGCGGCAGACCGAAGAAGAUCAAGAAUCCGGAGGAUCAGCCGCCGCCGGAUCCCGAGAAGCUGGACGCGAACGGCGAGGUCAUCAAGAAGCGCCGCGGUCGUCCGAAAAAGAUACAUCAGCAACAAAAGCAGAUGGAGCGGGAGUCUCGCGAGAGAGAGCAGCAACAGCAUCAACAGCAUCAGGCGAUGACCCACUUGAACGACGGUUACAGUAACGUGCCGAAUUGCUUUUCCCCGCCGCUGAUGUCACCUCCGAAGACGUUCCCGCACAUGGCGCCGUAUCCACAACCGCCGAUGAACGACGGAUUUUUCGGCCAGGGCAUGAACGACAAUAGCCCGUACAAUAUAAGCGCGAAGCAGAGCCCGGUGCACCUACAGCACUACAGCCAGAGUCCCAAGUCCAUGUCGUUGUCGUUCACGCACUCGGACCUGUCGUCGGAGAUCAAUACCGGGAUGUCGUCGGAGAACAAUCUCGAGCCGUCGCCCUUGACGUCGCCCAGCGUCGAGCAUCCGGACUUCGAGCCGCCUACCAGCAUGUCGCAGCAAAACAUGGACCAUCGUCAGUACAAUCCGGCCGGAGGGCCCGAUCCUACGGGCCACCAUGGAAGUCCCGGCACGCCGUCCCACAGCUACGCUUAUAUGGGCUAUCACGAGCAGCCGCCGGACACGCAUAACCAGCAUCCGCAUCAGACGACACCGACGCCUCUCAGCCAGACCGCCGAGGAGCACUCCCAUCACUCGCAUCCAACGCCGCCGCAUCCGCACACGCCCACCCACACGUCCAUGUCGCCGCACCAUCCGCACGAGCAGUACGGCAUCAAGAGGACCGGCCAGGACGUGGCGUCUAAGAGUCUAAGCGACCUAGAGUCCCUCGUGGAUCAGAUCCCGAGCAUAGCCGACGGCGGCAGUCAGCGUCUGCAGCAUUCGCAUCCGGGUAUGCCGGGUGACGAUACUCUAGCGGAGAAGAUGGACCACCAUCAGUCCUACAUGUCCGGUUUCGGCGGCAUGUCAGCUGGACCAACCGGGAUGACCAAUUACAGUCCACCGUUGGCGCCGGGUGGUGGAAUCUAUCCCUCCUCGCUGCACCACUCUCCUACUGACGCGGGUUACGGAGGUUUGUACGGCAUGAACAGCCGUCAUCAUCAGGAGUCUCAACAACAACAGCAGCAGCAGCAGCAGCAUCAACAGCAGCAACAGCAGCAGCAGCAGCACAGCAAGUCCUACACGGUGGAGAAUCUCGCGUCCAGCAACUAUACCCCCAGCAUGAACCACGGCCACUCUGGCAACACGUACCCUAACAUCAUACCCGGCCACUACCCGGUGCCGAUGGGCUCGACCAACGGUUAUCUGUUCGGCGGCCUCGAUCCCAGCCUGAUCCAGCGUUCCUACGGGAUCGGCGGGAUGAGCGGCAUGAGUAGCAUGCAUCCAUCCGCCGCCCUCGGCAACCCGUACUCGUACAACGGCUCGUACUCAAGCUCGUUCGACGCUUACCCGACGCCACCGACGAGCAUACACGCGCCCAGCGCCAAUUACGCCGGCUACGUCGGCACGGCUGGCGCGGCGCCCGGCAACACCACCACGCCGCCGUCCUACCUCGCACCGUCGCACCACAGACCGCCGGUCGACCUCUCCUACGACGGUGUAUGAUAAUCGAUGUGAGACACCGUUCGCUACCACCGACCUACCAGCCCCUGAUAAUCCUCUCUCUCUCUUUCUCUCUCUUUCUCUCUCUCUCUCCCUCCAUCCCCCGUCCCAUCCUCUCCCUCUCCUCUGCCUGCCGAUCGCCUCCUGUGCGCGCGCGAGAGCGACGCACGUAUCCGCCGCGUUUAUCUUUUCUACGUAUUUUUACACACGUCUUUUAAGACACGGCUCUCAACGUGUCGGGGUCGCACCGUCGCGCGUCGUCCCCUCCGAAUCGCCGUUCCCUCAUCCUCGUCACUCUCCCUUUCUAAAUCGCCCUCCGCGAAUCCACCCCGCGAGAUGUUGCUUACAAUCUGUGCGCAAAUCUUUCGCGUCCAUCUACCGCACGAUAUUCCUCUUCUUCUCUCUCCUUUGCUCAAGCCGGUUCUACGUACAAAGAACGCCCUCCCCAGAAUUGGCGGAAAAUGGAUAUACAUUUUUCCCCUCGUCGAAAACAUCGAGAUUCUGAUAGCAAUAAUGAACUAUUAUCCGAAUUAUUAUUGGAUAGUGUAUCAUGCAUUUUACUUGAGAUGCAUAAUUACUUUAAGAAUCUGAAGCUCAGUUCCUAAAACAUUGAAUUGAAAUAGAUAUCUGAAAGAUUGUGUCGGAUAUGAAACAUGCUCUCGAGGCGUGCACGCGUUCUAUAUUGCGUCAAUUUUGGGGCACCCCACGCAAUUGUUUCAACAUCCCUCUCACUCUCCUUCCCUUCCUCUCCCCCUUCAUCUCCGUGCAUCCCGCUUCUACUUCGUCGUCGCGCCUCUCUCACACUCUAUUUUUUUUUUUUAUCACGCUCUCGAUAUGUGAUUACGCCGUGAGUAAUUACGGGCGCGCGGCUCGGGAACGGGAAAGCCGCCUCGUGAAACGCGACUAUAGCGCACGCAACGAACGAGAAACGUAAGCCUCGGGUAAAUCAGGUUCGCCGAUCGCGUUCUGUAUCCGAUCCGAUCGCUAAAAUACACUUACACGGGCACGCAUUCCGAUAACCAUAACGAUAAAUGACCUUAAUGCCGGACAGAUCGCGAUUACGAAUUCGGCCGACGUAGCCGAGGUCGGCCAAACGUGUAAUUGCGCUAUCCUUUUUUCCCUACAUCGAUCAGGAGAUAUCGAUCGUCGCAUUGCUCGUUAUAAGCAUGUCUGUACGAGCUUCGCCACCACCGAAACCACGUUUCCUACAUUUUCGUAUUUCGAAGGGCACUCAAGAUUGCAAGUGGGGUAUAGAGAGCGCAUCCUAUACCAAUUUGCAAUUCUAAAUUGUUAUCUUCGAAAAUCAAUAUAAGAAGCAACGCGUCGACGUCGCGACGCAUCUAUAAAGUAAAGCGAAGUUCGAAAAAUUACCGGUUAUCGAAACAAAUAUAAUUUCGAUGAGUUCAAAUUGAAAUGAAAAUAACUUUAUUUGAUGAUUAACUUAUUUUAAUUGAAUUUUACGCUUAUUAGUGCAUUGGACAUAUACUGCUGUGUGCAAUAGAUCCAUUCGAGUCACUCAAACUUUUUCGUUAUUUGAAAAUGAUAUUAUAUUAUCAUAUCAUUACAUACGGUGAUCAUGUAAUGAUAAUAUUAUCUUUGUACCAUUUUUAUAUAUAAUAUAUAUAUAAUAUAAUAUUACAUAAUAUUAUAUCAUAUGAUAUUAUAUAUUACAUAAAUGAUAUUGUCAGACGAAAAAUUAUAAUAUUAUUUGAGACGGAAGUGCAAUGUAACGGAAGUGCAAUACAAGAUUUUUGUGAUGAAAAUGAUUCUUCCGUAUCUGUAAAUAGAAGCUAUAAUAGAACUGAUCGAAAUUUAUACCGGUUUCGUUUUCGGCAAAAACACGCUACGAUUGUACGAUCGAAACAACAGCGUCGUUUCGCACUUAUCGUGUUAAUGUAUCGCAUUGCGUCUUAUACCAUUGUUAGCCUGUUGUUAUUACUGUGUUGCGUAUUCAAUUAAUUAACGUGUCGAAGACAGCACUUAAUAUCGCGACGCAUUUUCAUCGUAAUUGCAGUCUUAAGGUUGUCUAAAAGUCGACGAUUCUCUUCGUUUUUUAUAUAUAUACGUGGCGACACACGUAAUAUUAUUUCUUAGAAGUGACACUUACAUAACUUUUUAACUAUAUUCAACUCUCAACGCAGGAAUGACCGAAGAAUUCAUCUUGACAAAGAAGGAGAAAUCGUAGAUCUGAACGAAAACGAGAUUUAUCUUUUAUAAAUUUGUAAGGAGCCACGCGUCUCUCCUCCGAUGAGCAAUCGUUCUCAUUCCGUGCAACGAGCCAAGCUUAAUCGAAUUGUAUAAGUUUCGCGUUCACGGGAGAACUCUCGUGAUGGCUUAUCCGCGUUAAGUUUCGCUCGGUUGUACCAUAAUUAUAGGCAUCGUUGCCAAUACAGCAAAUUGGUCUAAGCGUAAAAAUGGAUAGGAGGUACGUGAAAAAAUUGUUAACCCAUCGCAAUUACGAAGCCCGGUUGUGAAAUUAUACGUUUUUACGUACCUUAUCACGUUUCUACGAGUCCAUGUUCAUCAGCAUCCUGUAACAGAGAUCAAGAACGCGAUCAGCGAUCAAUUGUGACUAUAGGGUAUCUUUGCGCUCGUAGCGUCGUCAGUUUCGAACGCGCGAGUCUGCAUUUCGCGACGAAACCUUCGUUCGCGCGAUCGGAUGUGUUUCUUAGAUCAAAAUAAAAGAUACGCUACCAUUUGUUUCACUUAUUCCUUUUCUUGUCGCGCACAGAGUGCUCUAGAUUAAAUAAUUUCCCAGUUUUUCACGUUCAUUGUUCCGUUAUUCCAGCGGAUAUUACAUUUCCUCGUCGCACUCUAACGAGAGACGAGCGAAAAUGUACCAACCGAAUCGCGAGCCGCACGUGCGUUACGUGAGCUUUUUUAACAGAGUAAAUAUUAACCGUUAUCGUCAUUGUAUCGUUAAGGUUACUGCACAUAGCAAGGAGAAGAUUAAGCCCGAUUGCGUCGGUGCGUCUUCAAUCGUGGCACGGUCAUUUGCAUCAACGUUGGUCAAAUUUAACCAUAGUUUAAUCCUUAUCCGUGCAAGCUAUUUCUCAAACGCAACGCUCAGAAAGAAAGUAAUAAUGUUAUAUAAAAGUGUCGCGGCGAUUAAAAAUUUUUCGUAUUCGUUUCCUCAGACAUAGAAAGACAAUUGUGCAUGAGAGAAACCGUUAAAUUGUAGAUGUAACUUUAAUGGUACCUUAAUUCAAGAUGGUGCUCGCCAUUUUCUAUUAAUAUUCCGAGACUUUCGGAUAUUCCCGCAUAAAAAAUUCCAAAUUUCGGGUAUAUUUAUUCGCGACGUUCGCGACUUUGCGUCGCCUAGUAAUGGGAAAUAACUUAUUUAUCUCCUUCUCGAGAAAACUUGGACUAAGAAGGAGACAGAAAAUCGAUUAAACUAAGGUUGAUGUUAAUCGAUGUUAAUAGAACCGGCCUUGCAACGCCGCGCGGGACGGAAAUGACGGAAUUCGCCGACGAUCGACCGAAUUAUUAUAAACUUGAAUAUUGGUAGGAGAUCGCGCCCGCGCGACCGGAUGCCGAGCUUACUUAAUGUAAGGAGAUAUGUAAGCCCCCCUAACGCGUGUGAGAGGCAGAGGAAGGAAGAGACUAUUCGUGUGUAACUUUGUUUAUCACACCGCGCCAUCCACUUUCGUACCUCGCGCCCGCAACAGCCAUCGCCGUUUUCUCGUUGCAACUCUAUUAUUUAUCGUUAUCGACUCGAUAUCGCUGUGGAGUUACAUACGUUACUGUCGUUAUUAACAUAAUCGCGUUACGUUGUCUCGUUAAUUAUAUUCUGUUAUGCGUUUCGCAUUUUGCCGAAAGUCACUAUAUAUUAAUACACGAUUAAAUGAAGACGGACAUACAUGACACGCAUACAUACACGCAUCCACUACAUAUACACACAUACACGUUACACGAACACACACAAGACGCACACUUACAUGCAGUCGUAAUAGGUAUUAUAGCUGGCAUUAAUCGGCAUCCUCCUUUGUCGCUGACCGACGCUGUAAAGUGACGCAUCUGGCAUGAUUAUAAAUAUAUAUACAGAUAUAAAUAUAUAAAUAUAUAAAUAUAUAUAUAUAGAUAUUAUAUAAAUAUAAACUAUAAAUAUUAUAUAUUGACGUAAGGAUAAGCGAGCAACAUUUAUCUCGGGUGAAAUCACCUAGGAUGUGUCGAGACAUUUAAGAUGAUGCACAGGGUAUAGAUGAGAAUCGUUGAUAUAAUAACUGAUGUCUAUAUUAUAGAUGUUUCUUUCGUUCCAUCAUCGGCCUCAAACACACACGCACACAGAUACACGACAUUUACAGCCCCACACAUACACACAGACACAGACACAGACACGAUCGCGAGUCACGAGUACAUACGAUCGAAGUUUAUUGUAGUAGAUGUUUUUCAGAAAUCCAAUCCGAUUCCGGGCGGCGGCCAAGAAUAAUAGAUGUCAUCGGUGUGUUUUAGUCGCGCAACAACGUUCAUCGAUUCGCAGUCGAAAAGAUGAGGAUUAUUAUACACAUAACUCUGGCCGGUCGGUGCGCGACCGGCGCAUCCACCAUCGCACUACUAAUUAAUUGAUUCUUCGAUUAAUCAAAUUAACUAAACUGAUUGUAAAUUGAUCGCUAUAUUAAGGACUUUACUAUUAAGUAUAAAUAUAUAUUAUACAGAUAUAUAAAAGUGUGGAUUCGCUGUUGAACGUGUCGAAUAAACAAAGGAAAAAAGAAAAAAAGAAACAAAAUCCGAGAAGUUAAGUAAGCGAGUAAGAGAGCUUGGGCCGGGAUCGCCGGCCUCCGACAUAUUUUUUAAUCGCUUCGAACCUCUAUUAUUCUACCUACUAAUUAAACGUAAUGGUGUAUCUACGUGUGCGUUCGAACGAUCGGCCGAUCCGUAUCGCAGGAUCCGCGCGCGCUCCGUCAGCUGCCGUCGUCGUCGUCGUCGUCAUCGUCGUCGUCGAUCGGGUCGCGAUCGCUCGGGCAGAUCGAGAUGUGUUCUGUAUCGAAUUAACGAAUGUACUUCUCGAAUUAUUCAUCGCUCCUACGAAAAAUAUCGCGGGAUAAGGAAGGGUGACGGACGUGCUCGUCUCGAUGGACGAUCAUCGGCUUGAUAAGAGAAAGAAAAAGAAAAAAAAAAUGACAAUUCUCCUUGCUCCUUUGCCGCCCGAUCCUAACGAAGCCCACGCAGAUCUCCAACGGACGUUAUUAUUGGGUGCUCAGUGGAUACCCGAGUAUCCCGCAAUAUGUAAAUCUGUAUGUCUCUGCUCGUACUACUACGAUAUUUUAUGUGAAAAAAAAAAAUGAAUUGUUACAAAAUACAUUACUGAUAUAACACCGAAA